UUCAAAGGAUGUGGCUGUCUCCUAUUAUAACUUCUACAACAUGGCCAAAGUGCACCCUGAUUCAGGCACCUGGGAGAGCUUCCUGGAGAACUUCAUGGACGGGAAAGGACCCCAAAAGGGAGAUCAAGAAGAUUCUGGAGUUUUGGGGGCACUCCCUGCCUGAGGAGACCGUGGAUCUCAUUGUUCACCACACAUCCUUCAAGAAGAUGAAGGAGAACCCCAUGGCCAACUACACCACCCUCUCUUCUCACCACAUGGACCACUCUGUCUCCCCCUUCAUGAGGAAAGGCAUUGCUGGGGACUGGAAAAACACCUUCACUGUGGCCCAGAAUGAGCGCUUUGAUGUUCAGUAUGCUGAGAAGAUGGCAGGUUGUGACCUCAUCUUUCGCUGGCAGGUCUGAGUGACAAUAUGACUAAUCACCCCAGAGAACUGUCGACACCACCAUAACACCUCCUUGGGGAUAAAUGAGCAUGGCUUCAACCUACCCCUCCAUUACAAGUCAAGGGGAGGACCUAAGCUGCAAGACUGAAGACCAACCAAGACAAACCUUGAGUUUCAAAAGGACUGGGAGUUAGUUCAAUGUCAUCCUGCUUGGCUGGCCUCUCAGGUCCUGGUUAGGGAACACCAAAAAGGAAAAAAGGUGUUUGGGUUUUUUGUUUGUUUGUUUGUUUGUUUGUUUUUUAAUGCCACAGGCAUAGGAUUGAGAAUUUAAGGACAGCCUAAAUGCUCUAAAACACAAAAGGUGAGGUGUGGUGGCAGCACAUGCCUUUAAUUCCAGCACAGAGAGGCAGAGGCAGGGAGACCUCUGUCUGAGAAAACGUAAGGAGUUCCAGGCCAGCCAGAGCCCCACAGUGGUACCUGAUUAAAAACAAGUGCACACUUGUAACCCGGCACUUUGAGAUAGAGACAGGAGAACCAUAUAGAUGCUCAGGGUCAUUCUGCUCCACCACAGAGCAAAUUCCAGGCCAGCCUUGGCUCCUCACAGCCUGUAUCAAAGUGAGGGAAAAGAGGAGGCGUAGUGCUGCCAGGACGUGGGCUCCACAGCAGUCAGGUCCAGCUGGGGCCACAGGGCAGGGCUGUUUCCACAGCACUGGAAAGAAUACAAAAACAAAGAACUGGUGCCAGAACAGCUGGGCCUCUUCCCAUCGCACAUCCUGCCGUGUGGGUGGGGUGGGGGGUGGUGUAAGCUUGAUGGGGGCUGUGGUGCAGUAUUUAAACUUGAUCAAAAUAAAACCCUAGUUGUCUUUUCCCAAGAGGACACCACUGGCUGAUAUAGGCCUGCCAGUCAGCUUUCCCUUUUCUGGGCUCCAUGUGGUUGUGGGUCCCUAGGAUGGGUGAAGGAGGACCUAAUAUCCAUUUGUGCCUUUGUUGGCUUUCCACCCUUAGCAACAGGUAGUAAGCAUCCAUUGCUUUAUGAGUCUCUCCCCCAGCAGAGAUUCUCUCUGUCUGAAACCCAGCCCAUCUCCUCUGUAUGUGAUGGGUCUCUCUGUACCUGUCAUACCACAGGGAGAGGAGGUUGGGGUGCCCAUUCUUACUCCAGCCAAAUAACAACCAGAGACAGAGACCCAAUCCCUGCCACAGAAGGGGCUCAUAGAAGCUUUUCAGGAGUUCUCAACUUCCUAAUGCUGUGACCCUUUACUACAGUUCCUCAUGUUGUGGUGACCCUCAACCAUGAAAUUAUUUUGUUGCUAUUUCACAACUGUAAUUUUGUGACUGUUAUGAAUCAGAAGGUAAGUAUCUGAUAUGCAUGAUAUCUGAUAUGUGACCCCCCGUGUAAGGGUCAUACUACCCCCUUACAGAGUCAUGACACACAGGUCGAGAACUGCUGCUUUAGACAAAUAUGAAAAAUGGAGGGAGAGCCAGGUGGUGGUGGCACACAGUUUUAAUCUCAGCACUCGGGAGGCAGAGGCAGGUGGAUCUCUGAGCCAGCCUGGUCUACAGAGUCAGUUCUAGUAACUGCUUGGGCUGUUACACAGAGAAACCCUGUCUCAAAAAAGACAAACAAACAAAAUUGUGAUUUGAAAAAAAAUCAAAAAGGAGGGAAAGGAAUCACCAGAUAGUAAACUCUAAAUCCAAAUAAAUCCCAGGCCCCACAGGCUGGAGAGUCGGCUUAGCAAUUAAGAGCACUUGCUGCUCUAGUACAGGACCUGAUUUCUGUUCAGUAUCCAUACUGGGCACCUCACACCAGCCUGUGACACUAGCUCCAGGGAACAGAUACCUCUGGCCAUCACAGCCACCUGCACUCACAGACAUAUAUAUCACCGAACACACACACAUAAUUAAAAAUAAUAAAAAUCUUAGCAGGGUUAAGAGCACUGGCUGCUCUUCCAGAGGUCCUGAUUUCAAUUCCCAGCAACCACAUAAUGACUCAUAAUCAUCUAUAAUGAGAUCUGAUGCCCUCUUCUGUCAUGCAGGCAUACAUGCAAAUAGAACACUCAAAUACAUAAGUAAAUAAAACUCUUGAAAAUAAUAAAAUAGUAGUAAAAAUACAAUUCUUUAAAAGAAAGGGCUACUGCCAGCUGGUGGUGGCACACGCCUUUAAUCCCAGUCCUCGGGAGGCAGAGCCAGGUGGAUCUCUGUGAGUUCGAGGUCAACCUGUUCUAAAGGGCGAGAUCCAAGACAGGCACCAAAAAAAAAAAAAAAAAAGAAAGAAAAAAAAAGGGCUAGAAAGAUGAUUCGGUGGUCAAGAGCACUUGCUGCUCUUCUAUGGGACUUCAGGUCAGUUCCUAGCACUCACAUCAGGUGGCUCACAACUGUCUGUGAGUCCAGCUCCAGGGUUCAGAUGCACACAGUCUCCACAAAUUCCUGCACUUAUGUGUAAUGCCCAUAUGCACACAUUUACACCUACACAUAAUUUAAAAUAAUAAAAAUAAUUAUUUA